GCUGAGUUCACAGAAGUUCAAAAUAGGUAAACAUAAGUUUUGUUUAUACCAACGCUUUUCCUGCGUCUGCAACAACAAAACGCGAUUUUCAAAAUGGGCGAUAACUUUGGAAUCCACCGUGGACCUAAGAAGGGUGCCGCCGCCAACUCCGCGACCGAUGCCGAGGAUCGCACCCAGGGGCAAAUUAUGAGCGAUUUUCUGGUCCAGCUGGAGGAUUACAAUCCUACGAUCCCGGAUGCCGUCACUUCGUACUAUCUCAACACGGCCGGAUUUGAGGCUUCCGAUCCGAGAAUCGUCCGGUUGAUUUCGAUCGCCGCCCAAAAGUUCAUCUCGGACGUGGCGAACGACGCGCUGCAACACUGCAAGACGCGCACCAGCAACGCACCCACCUCGGGCCACGGCUCGUCCAAGAACCAGAACGCGAAGAUGUCCAAGGACCGCAAGUACACGCUGACGAUGGAGGAUCUGCAGCCGGCGCUGAACGAUUACGGCAUCACCGUGCGAAAGGCGCACUAUUUCGUCUAGAUUUAGGCUGGAGCUAGGGGGAAAAAAUGCCUGGAAGAUUGCGGGAUGCUUUGCUUUCGGGAGAAUAAAAGUGAGUGAUUUUGAUGGGAAA